AUGGGUGGAUCAGUAAGUGCUGGUCGAGAUAACAAUGAGUUGAUAGACAAUUUAGUGAGUGGAAAUUACAUACGUUCUCGGGGGGUAGAAAAAGUGUUUCGAGCUUUGGAUCGAGGUGAUUACAUGACACCAGAGGCCAAACGGCAAGCUUACAAGGAUUUAGCUUGGCGCGAUGGCCUACUUCAUAUGUCAUCUCCAUGUAUCUACAGUGAGGUGAUGGAGGGAUUGGAGUUGAGACCUGGCCUCUCUUUCCUAAACAUUGGAUCAGGGACAGGAUACCUAAGCACCUUAGCUGGGCUUAUCUUAGGAACUUCUGGCAUCAGUCAUGGAGUAGAAAUUCAUCCCUCAACUGUGGAUUAUGCUACCAUUAAGCUACAACAAUUUAUAAAAAAAUCACCAAGUCUAGAUUACUUUGACUUUUGCGAACCUAAGUUCUUCAUUGGUAAUGGGCUUAAUUUAGCACCCUUGCAGAGUGGAUAUGAUCGUGUUUACUGUGGUGCUGGGUGCCCAGAGAAAUAUGUGAAUUAUAUCAGAUACUUGCUGAAGGUAGGUGGAAUACUUGUCGUUCCCAUUAAUGACACACUACAGCAAGUGAAGAGAGUCUCGGAAACAAAGUUUGUCAGUUACAGCUUAAUGAGUGUUUCCUUUGCAACGCUAAGAGCACCCACCGAUGAGGAUACAAAAGAACAUUUUAAAUUGGUCGAUAUAGAGCCUCCUCGGCUGGUGAUGUUGGCCCGGGCGCGUAUCCGUGAAGCUCUACGAGACAGCUUGCUGGAGCGGAGACCCGAGCUGCGGGAGAAGGCGUGGCGCCGCCCCCCCAGACGCAACCAGGAACCGAGAAGAGUCAUAAUACCCAUCGAGUCCACGCCCGAAAAUGAGAACUUAAACGUCCUUCACGACUUGGACGCCGAGAGUGGAGCGAAUGAAAUGAAUGCUCUCCUCAGUCUCGUGAUUAGUAUGGGAGAGGACAGAUUGGCCGGAGCCCUGCGUUUCGGCAGCGACAGAGGAACCGGGUACGUAUAUCGCCACGAUCGAGACUCACAUUCCUCGGACGACGACGACGACACGGACGGCUCCACCGAAACUGUCGAACCCACCACGGAGACUUACGAUCAGAGUAUAGGAAACGAAGACGACACCAGCUCACGCUCGAAUCAAGAGUUAAAAGAAGAUUCCGAAGAGACUACUCAUAAGACUGACGCAAAAGACGAGGCCGAUAAUAAAGAAAGUGAAGUUGAAAAUGUCGUAGACAGCAAUGAUGAAAUCGAAACCGAUCCUCAAAGCGAUAGUUCCUCCGUGGACGAUUCCAAAGCUAAGAAUAAGCGGCUUAGGGCUAGGCUGUCGAGGACGGUGGCCAAGCUGAAGAGGCUCGGCAAGAAACCAUUCAGGAACACGGGAAUAGCGAAAGCUUCAACGUCGAAAGUUGAAGAUGAGCAUAGAAAUGACUGCGAGGUCAGCAGCAGCGAGUCUGACGAUGAUGAGAAGCCUGCCGGGACCGACGACACUUGCACUGAAGACACUUCCCAGGAGGCCGGGCCCUCGACUGACAUGGAGUGGCAGGAGCUUAAGCACCCUGUGGAGGAUAAUAAUGGAGUGCACAAAAGCAAGGCUAAAAGGCAGAAGCUGGACAGCGGCAUCGGGGAGAACUCCGGCAGCGCCGAAGAGACCACACAGAGCGACAGCGGCUCGGACUCCGACAGCUGGACCAGGCUGAACAUCUCUUGCUCCGGUCUCGCAGAUCGCGACGACGAUUCGUCCGUGGAGGAAGACGAGGCGUCGGAGGAGAGGCGCGCUCGACGCAAGUCCUCGGAGGCUCGGCACCGGGAGAUGGGGCUCACCGUGAAGCAGGCCGUGGCCGCUCUGCCCCUGCCCCAUCCGCUCAAGAUGUUCGUGAACUGGGGUCGCUCCUACCAAUUCUAG